UGCUCAAGUCUGACGUGGAACUGGAGGAGGAGAGAGAGAACAGAUUGAUGUGGGAACGACUACGCGAACGACAGCAAGCCGAGAUGGACAGAAAGGCGGAGAUGGAGAGAAAAGCAGAGAUGGAGAAAAAGGCGGAGAUAGACAGAAAAGCAGAGAUGGAGAGAAAGUCCGAGAUGGAGAGAAAAGAAGUAAAAGGGAAGAAGGAUGACAAAGGGAAGAAAGAAACGGUUGCCAAGGAGAAAGACGCCCCUCCUAAGAAGUAGCAAAUU